AUGAGCUGGCUACGCCCUCACAAAAAGUCAAACAGCACCGUCAGUGCAUCGACAAACUCGUCUUACCCUCUUCAACAGACACAGAGUGGCCGGGCCUCGAGUAAUGCGUCCAGGAGCGGGAGUUCGAGUCAGCAGAAUCCAGCGACGUCCGUGUUGCACUACCAAGACCUUGGUCGUUUCCGGUUUUUGCAGGGCUCUACGAGCUCGGUUAGUACCCCGUUGUCAAUGAGUGGGGGCUAUACAUACUCGAGUGAGGAUGCCGAGACACAGUUACUCCGUAUGGAACUCACCGGUAACUCGUCCAUCAACGGCUCAAGAAAAGACUCCUUCGCCUCCGCUGGCACCGCCGCAACCGUUGGGACCAAGUCCAAAUCCACCAACACCAUGAAGAUUGCUUUGAAGCUUUUCAAAGCCCGCUCCAUGGCAAACCUCCGCAAAGGCUCCUCUUCUCCUAAGACACCGCGUCAACCCAUUACGCCCAACACGCCUCGGGCGGACGUUCGCGAAAUUGGGAGUCCGUCUUACUACCGUGAUAGUACGCCGAUUUUGAUUGGUAACUCGCCUCUCGCUUCACCCCGAACUCGACCACCUCCGGGUGCGGUGUCGCCCACACCGGCGCAUGGGCCGCUACCGUUGAGUCCCGCGAGUAGGAUGAAUGUGGAGAAGAAAGCGUCUAUUCGUCAACGCCGAGCUACGGUCGCUACAUCAACACACCUCACCAUCUUCACCUCCUCCGAACCCCUGCCCUCCUCGUCCACCACAUCCCUCCCCAUGGCUACAGCACCCGCAGCGGCGGCGCCUGUUAGUAUGCAACGCUUCCUCUCCCAAUCCUCCCACGCCAUAGGAGCCGGGUCGGUGUAUGGUUUGCACCAACGGAUUCCGUCGUUGCCUCCUGCGGUUAUUCCAACGAGUCCGAUGAGUUUUCAGGAGAGUUAUAGUUUUAUGGCUGCGCCACCCCUCAGGAAACUGAGUGUUCGUGAGCAGUUGGGGGACCCUGACACGGAGCCAGUGGACAGGUCUAUGGCGGAGUUGAGUCCCCGUCCGGUUUUCAACCAAGACCCGUUUGGGAUGUCAGCAAGCGCCAGCAUGCGUCGCACGGCAUCCGAACCUAGGCAUGUGCAGACGAAUUCGCCUCGCUCUCGACACAUGCCCCAGCCCAAACCGUCUCCCAUCGUGGAGGAGAGCAUGGGCGCAAUAGAGAUGAAGAUUACCGAGGCAGUUAUUCUACGUGAACGCAUCACCGCUCUCGAGGAUGAGGUCCGCGCUCUCAAAGCCUUCGCAACCUCCACUUCUACUCGACCCGUGAACACUGCGGCCGAUCGUGCGUCAAUGCCAUUUGGGACCUGGGCACGUUCCCGCGCAGCUUCAGCAGUCGGCGGCCUUCGUAAUUUGAGUUUUGGCCAUGUUAUGACGCUGGAAAGGAUGUGGGAGGAGUGCGGGACGGUACAUUGCAAUGGCGUUGCGCAGAACAGCAAUUUUGGUGCGUCUUCAUCUGUUAAUUCUUUUGAGAGGGUGCCUAAUAUGAAGGUCGGGGCAGAUGAUAAGUACACGCUGGCCGCAAUCCGGAUCCAGAAUGCUUGGCGUGGGUACAAAGUCCGGAGAAUCGUGCGUGAAUACCAUCGUCAACACAUGGCAGCGAGCGUGAUCCAGGGAUGUUGGAGGCGUCUGGGAAGCAGUGGGUUGCGGCUUCCGAGGGAGUCGACGAGGUAUUCCCAUCCCUUUAUCCGCUCGAUUGUCCCCUCCCGCGCUGUCUCCACACAACUCCUCGCGACUCAGCACAGGGUGGAGUCGAGUUUAUCUACUAUCGGGGGUACAAGCAUGAACAUGAGUAUGGCCGACGAAACCACCACGCAACACCUUACGUCGUUGUACGCCAUGCUCGCAACCGAAACCGCAAUGCGCGUAAAACUCGAGGAGCGUGUGGCUGCGUUGACGGAGUUGGUGAGUGGGGUGCAGAGGAAGGGGAGUGAGAGCACGGUGGGAUUGCCGACGCCGAAGGAGAGUCCGCAGAGGCCUGGGCGCGAGUCGGAACUUGUUACGGAGGUGGAAGUGGUGGGGACGGGGAAGGGUGUGGCGAAUGGGGAUGAGGAGGAAGGGUACGACGAUGAGGGGUACAAUCCGUUUGGGGAUGGGUUGUUUAACGGGGACCUGGUUGCGAUGAGUGGUGAGGAGGCAUUGCAGUUGGGGUUGCAUAACGGGGAGGUGUUUGGGCAGUUACCGUUUGGGAUGUCGCAUUGA